AUGGUGAUGAAGAAGGCUUAUGUCUGGAUUACUCUCUGUCCAGAGAAGUACGUCUCUUUUCCGUCCAGAAUCACAUUCUUUUGGGUCACAAGGCUCAUCAUUCUAGGCUACCGUAAAACCCUGGAAUUAUCGCAACUCUGGAUCCUGGAGGAGAAGCAUCUCUCGGCUAGUAUUGUGCCCUUCUUUCUGCGCAAUAUCUUCAAAUAUCUCAGUGUAAACAUUGCUGGCGACUUGGAUGUACCUCACACUUCCAAACCUCAGUUCUCUAUCUCCUGGCCCCUCCAAGACACCAGUUUUACAGGCUCUGACGAUCAAAAACCUCCUGUCGGUAACCGAUUGGGCGAUAGCGAUGGUCUUGCUAAUCUUAUUGACGGCUCAACCGACUCCCGAAUGUCUCUUCCCUCAGGACGGAGAAGCACCUUCGCUGAGAUCAGUCCGUUCAGUAGGACUCAGGCCAUAGGUGUGGAGGACCAAGGGAGCCGACCUGCCUCUAUCUUGCCCAACGUUCGAAUCCGUUUUUCUAAGCGUCCCUCAAAGUCCAAACAACCGCCAUCAAAGAGGAGUUCUGCUUCUGGUGAUUUGGAAAUCGGACUCUUGGGGCAUGACAGAUUCGCAACACUGAACAAACCUAAUGCUGCAGAAUCACCAAACGUGGUGAAGUCGGAGAAACGAAAAGUAAAGGGAGGGCUGAUGAAGGCACUCCUUGCCACCUUCGGGUGGCGCAUGUUCAUCGCGGGACUCUACAAACUCUGUCACGAUAUCUGCCUCCUCUGUGGACCCAUCAUCUUUAAACGCCUGUUGAAUUUUAUGCAUCUGGAGUCGAUGGAGCCAGUAUGGCACGGGUACGCGUACGCCUCCUUGAUGUUCCUCACCGCCUUCAUACAGUCCCUCGUGUUGCAUCAGUACUUUCGCAAGCAGACUCUCAUCGGUAUGGACAUGCGUACUGUCAUCAUUUCCGCUGUCUAUCGGAAGAGUCUACGACUGAGCGCCGCAGCACGUUGCGGAUCAACGACAGGAGAAAUCACCAACCUAAUGUCGAUAGAUGCACAAAGGUUUUUUAUGCUCAUGCUCAACAUCCACGUUCUCUGGUCCGCACCCUUACAAGUCACCGUGGCGGUCUACCUACUCUGGCAAGAACUCGGUCCCUCUGUUCUCGCCGGAGUCACGCUUCUCCUCAUCAUGAUACCCAUCAAUAUCAUGGUGGCGAAGAAGAGCAAGGCCCUACAGGAAAAACAAUUGAAGACUACAGACAAACGCAUCAAGCUCAUCAGCGAAAUUCUCAACGGUAUAAGAGUCUUGAAGCUCUACGCAUGGGAGCCUUCAUUUAUCCAGGUGGUGGGAUCGAUUCGGAAAAAGGAACUCUCCUAUCUGAGGAAAUUCCUCUAUCUCGAUUGUGGUCUCACCUUCAUCUUCGCGUGCAUACCCACAUUGGUCGCCCUAGCAACCUUCUCUACUUAUAUUCUUUCGUCACCCGAAAACUUGUUUACUGCUGAAAAGGCCUUUGUCUCGCUUUCUCUGCUUAAUAUUCUCCGUUUUCCUCUCUUCAUGUUCCCCACUCUUCUCUCAAACCUCGUUCAGGCCUAUGUGUCAGUGCGCCGAGUGACCAAGUUUCUGGUGAACACGGAACUGGAUCCCAUCGCAGUAAGUCAUGAGGACACUCCUGGUGUGGCAGCAGUAAUUGAAAACGGCACACUCGCUUGGGGAUCGGACUGUGAACCCGCGUUGCAAAAGUGA